AAAAAAACUCUCGUAGAAAACAAAAAUGAAGAACAAGUCAAUUUAUGGCUAUAUCAUCAUCGUCGUCACAUUAUUGUCGGUCGUGGCUCGAGUCACCCUAGCUCAACCUCCAAAGGGACAUCCAGGAGCCGAUAUCAACCCGCAACAAACUCUUGCGGCUCAUAACAAAGCCCGAGCAGAAGAUGGGGUGGGUCCAAUGGUGUGGAACGAUACUCUUGCAGCCUAUGCACAGAGCUUUGCUAACAAACGUAUCGGAGAUUGUGCUCUAACGCAUUCCUCGGGACCUUAUGGUGAGAAUAUUAUUCUCGGGAGAUAUCCGGACUCCAACCUGAGCGGACCCGUCGCGGUUGGAUAUUGGAUGGAGGAGAAACCAAAUUACAAUUAUAAACUCAAUAAGUGUGAUUUUGUGUGCCAUGACUAUACUCAGAUCGUUUGGCGCAAUUCGGUCCGGCUCGGUUGCGGUUCGGUGAGAUGUCAGAAUGAUGCGAACGUAUGGAUCAUAUGUAGCUACGAUCCUCCGGGAAAUAUCCCUGGUGAACGUCCCUAUUGAUGUUUACUAUAAUGAAUCUAAAGCAUAUAUUGAGCUAUGUGCUUUUAUGAUAUUAAUUAAACAAAGAAUAAACUAAUCAAUGAAAAUUUUAUAG